AUGAGUCGAGUUUUAGGACACAUGACUGGAGAGUUUGCACAUUCGACACCACCGCAUUCAGUGGCAACAAGUGCAUCUGUCGGCUACCAUAUUCCACCUCAAGAUUUGGAAAAAACAAGUGGACACGAUUACCUGGAUGUCGCGACAGUGCUUAAUAUUCUGGCCCUUGUUUAG